AUCACCUACAGCUAGUUACAGCUCAGAUUGCACUACAUCGACAUUGAGGCAGUCAGGAUGAAGGUGCUGUUGUUUGCUGCUGCUGUUCUGGCCGUGGCCAGCUGUGCUAGCAUUUCCCUGGAAGACCUGGAGUUCCACGCCUGGAAACUCAAGUUUGGAAGGUCCUACCACUCUCCAUCAGAGGAGGCUCAACGCAAGCAAAUCUGGCUCAACAACCGCAGACUAGUACUAGUACACAAUAUCAUGGCCGACCAGGGCAUCAAGUCCUAUCGCCUUGGAAUGACCUACUUUGCUGACAUGGAUAAUGAGGAGUACAAACGCCUGAUUUCCCAAGGCUGCCUGGGCUUCUUCAACGCGUCUAUGCCUCGCCAUGGCUCUGCCUUCCUCCUGCUGCCUGAAGUCACUGACCUGCCAAACUCUGUUGACUGGAGGGACAAGGGAUACGUCACUGAUGUCAAGGAUCAGAAGCAGUGUGGCUCCUGCUGGGCUUUCAGCACAACUGGCUCUCUGGAGGGUCAGAACUUCAGGAAGACAGGGAAGCUGGUGUCCCUGAGUGAGCAGCAGCUGGUUGACUGCUCUGGUGACUAUGGCAACAUGGGCUGCAUGGGCGGCUUGAUGGACAACGCCUUCCGGUACAUCAAAGCCAACGGAGGUAUUGAUACAGAGGACUCCUACCCUUAUGAGGCUGAGGAUGGGGAAUGCCGUUACAACCCUGCUACUAUUGGUGCCAAAUGCACAGGCUACGUUGAUGUGAAACAAGGUGAUGAAGAUGCCCUGAAGGAGGCUGUGGCAACCAUCGGACCUGUGUCUGUGGCCAUUGAUGCUUCUCAAUCGUCCUUCCAGCUCUACGAAUCAGGAGUGUAUGAUGAGCCGGAGUGCAGCAGCACAGAGUUGGACCACGGUGUAUUGGCUGUGGGAUACGGCAGUGAGAACGGUCAGGACUACUGGCUGGUCAAGAACAGCUGGGGUCUACAGUGGGGCGACAAAGGAUACAUCAUGAUGACCAGGAACAAACACAACCAGUGUGGCAUUGCUACUGCAGCCAGCUACCCCCUGGUCUGAGCAGGUCCAGGACUUUCCUCAGUGAGGAGGAGAACAGUGACACAUAAUUUACUUUAAUUUCGCAAAGAAACUGAGUUAUGGAACAAAACGUUCUAUUGUUGUUGAGUGCGCGUGAGUGGGAUGUAAUCUGGCAGUCUCUCUGUGCCCUGGUGAACUUUUAAUAUCAUAAUUUUUUAUGACGAUUGUAAAUAAAUGUAAAGUAAUGAAAUGUUUUACACUAAGAAAUAAAACAUUUACUCUA